ACAGCGACAAAGGCCCGAGGAUGUCCCCGCGGCGGGGGCACUGAGCGCCGCCGCCCCCCGCUGCCCCUCGGGACGUGAUCCGCGCUGCGAGGGAGCGCCGCGGCGGCCGGAGCCAUGUUCCCGCAGAGCCGGCACCCCACCCCGCACCAGGCUGCGGGCCAGCCUUUCAAAUUCACCAUCCCGGAGUCGCUCGACCGCAUCAAGGAGGAGUUCCAGUUCCUCCAGGCGCAGUACCACAGCCUUAAAUUGGAAUGUGAGAAACUGGCAAGCGAAAAGACAGAAAUGCAGAGGCACUAUGUGAUGUAUUAUGAAAUGUCAUAUGGAUUAAACAUUGAAAUGCACAAACAGACAGAAAUCGCCAAGAGAUUGAACACAAUUUGUGCACAAGUCAUCCCAUUUUUGUCUCAGGAACAUCAGCAGCAAGUGGCCCAAGCUGUAGAACGUGCCAAACAAGUGACCAUGGCUGAACUGAAUGCCAUCAUCGGGGUACGUGGCCUUCCAGGUCUACCUCCUACACAGCAGCAGUUGCAGGCUCAACAUCUCUCCCAUGGCCAUGGACCUCCAGUGCCUCUAACACCGCAUCCAUCAGGACUUCAGCCUUCAGGAAUCCCUCCACUCGGAAGCAGUGCUGGCCUCCUUGCCCUUUCUAGUGCUUUGGGUGGGCAGUCUCACUUGGCAAUAAAAGAUGACAAGAAGCAUCACGAUGCAGAACACCACAGAGACAGAGAGCCGGGCACAAGUAAUUCUCUGUUGGUCCCAGACGGUCUGCGAAGCACAGAUAAACGCAGGAAUGGCCCUGAAUAUACCAAUGACAUCAAAAAGAGAAAGGUGGAUGAUAAGGAUUCCAGCCACUAUGACAGUGAUGGGGACAAGAGUGAUGAUAACUUGGUUGUAGAUGUAUCCAAUGAGGAUCCCUCCUCCCCACGGGCAAGUCCUACUCAUUCACCACGUGAAAAUGGUAUAGAUAAAAGCCGCCUGCUGAAGAAAGAUGCCUCUAGCAGUCCAGCAUCUACAGCCUCUUCAGGAAGUUCCACUUCCCUCAAAUCCAAAGAAAUGAGUUUGCAUGAAAAAGCCAGCACGCCUGUUCUGAAAUCCAGCACACCGACUCCUCGAACUGACGUGCCAACCCCAGGCACUAGUGCAACUCCAGGACUUCGUCCAGGCCUUGGCAAGCCUCCAACAAUGGACCCUCUGGUUAACCAAGCUGCCGCAGGUUUGCGGACACCUUUGGCAGUACCAGGGCCAUACCCUGCUCCAUUUGGAAUGGUGCCUCAUGCUGGCAUGAAUGGAGAGCUAACCAGUCCAGGGGCAGCCUAUGCCAGUCUGCACAACAUGUCACCCCAGAUGAGUGCUGCUGCUGCUGCAGCUGCUGUGGUUGCCUAUGGAAGAUCUCCUAUGGUUGGGUUUGAUCCUCCUCCUCACAUGAGAGUACCUGGAAUCCCUCCAAAUCUAGCAGGCAUUCCUGGAGGAAAACCAGCCUACUCCUUUCACGUUACUGCAGAUGGUCAGAUGCAGCCUGUUCCUUUUCCUCCUGACGCUCUCAUUGGUCCAGGAAUCCCUCGCCAUGCCCGCCAGAUCAACACUCUGAAUCACGGGGAAGUUGUGUGUGCAGUUACCAUCAGCAACCCCACAAGACAUGUGUACACGGGUGGCAAGGGCUGCGUUAAAGUCUGGGACAUCAGCCAGCCUGGGAACAAGAGCCCUGUUUCUCAGCUGGACUGCCUGAACAGAGAUAACUACAUCCGCUCUUGUAAAUUGCUGCCUGAUGGAUGCACCCUAAUAGUUGGCGGGGAAGCCAGCACAUUAUCCAUAUGGGACCUGGCGGCACCAACUCCUCGUAUAAAAGCAGAGCUGACAUCCUCAGCCCCUGCCUGCUAUGCUCUGGCUAUCAGCCCUGAUUCCAAGGUGUGCUUUUCGUGCUGCAGUGAUGGGAACAUUGCAGUGUGGGAUCUGCACAAUCAGACAUUGGUCAGGCAAUUCCAGGGCCACACAGAUGGAGCCAGCUGUAUUGACAUUUCUAAUGAUGGUACCAAGCUCUGGACAGGGGGUUUGGAUAACACUGUCAGAUCCUGGGACUUGAGAGAGGGGAGACAGCUACAACAGCAUGACUUCACAUCACAGAUAUUUUCCCUUGGUUAUUGUCCUACUGGUGAAUGGCUAGCCGUGGGAAUGGAGAGCAGCAAUGUGGAAGUGCUACAUGUAAAUAAACCAGACAAAUAUCAACUGCACCUUCAUGAAAGUUGUGUAUUGUCACUCAAAUUUGCUUACUGUGGUAAAUGGUUUGUGAGUACUGGGAAAGAUAACCUUCUUAAUGCAUGGAGAACUCCAUAUGGAGCCAGUAUCUUCCAGUCCAAAGAAUCUUCAUCAGUGCUUAGCUGUGACAUCUCUGUGGAUGAUAAGUACAUAGUCACUGGCUCUGGAGACAAAAAAGCUACAGUCUAUGAAGUUAUCUACUGA